UGGCAUGUUUCGAUGUUGUUUAGGGAAAGCGAGAGCCCGUGACGUACCAAUUUGACAACUACAGUGCUUUCUGGUGUGCUUAUAAGGAUUUAUGUUGGUAUUUUCUAAAGAGCUGUGAUUCGUCGAUGGCAGAAGAUCACGUGAUCAGCUACUAUGGUUUCCAACAUCUGCCAGAUGACCUCCUACUCAAGAUCUUCUCCAACCUGCCCGUGGCGGACCUAGCUAGGGCUUCAUACACAUGUCACCACUGGUUCCAAGUCUCGCUAGAUGACCUGUUAUGGAAGGGAUUAUUUUACCAUCAUUGGCACAUAGCUCCAUCUGUUCCCAUGGCGCCAGGGAAACACUCUUGGAGGCAGGAGUUCAAGCGUCUGUAUUACUACACCCCAGUGUUGGAGAGUGAAAACAUAGGAAAGCAUAAAGACCAAGUGCUACACGUUAGCUUCUCGCAUAAUGGCCAGCUGUUUGCAACAUGCUCUAAAGACGGAACUGUCAAGGUAUGGACGUCCAGUUACCCAGCAUCGCUCAAGUAUGAACAUGACAUGAAGGAAUUCACGUGGAAGUACACACAGUUCUCCAACUUUAAUGAAUCCGACACUCUCCUCCUGGUUUCUGGUGUACACUUUGGUAACAUGAGCACAUCGGGAGAAAUAGCUGUCUUCAGCUUGACACAAAACUUUGAACUACAGUGUCGUGUAAUAAACAAGCCAUAUGACGUAUUUGGGACGUGGUACGAUGACACACACUUGUUGUCGGGAAACCUGCACUGGACACGACAACUGAACUCAUGUUCAGCGCUGUGGCUCAACAAGGCCUCCCAGUCCAUUGAAUCAGAACGUGAAUCGGUUGUGAUGAGAUUGUUUCGCUUCCUGAACACAAACGCAAGUUCCAUUAGGACAAUCAUGAUAUCCAAAAAUCUGACGGACACCAAAGUGGACAACAUGGCAUUUAACGCUGGGAAACCAGACCAGGAGUCUGUGCGCAGUAAGUCGGACAUAUACGGGGAAAGCCAAAGUGUGAAAGUUGUCGAAAACUCUGUACAUUCUGUGACAUCACAAACAGGAAGCAGACAAGACAUCGGAAAUCAGAUAAAUGGGCGAAUAAUCUACAGGCCCGAGUACUGGGAAGCGGCGGAGGUGAUGAACCACUCCAUGGAGUGUUCGCUGCGGCCAGGUGGAGAUCGAGGCAGCCCUUCCCUGUGCCUGCUGCGACAGUGA